UGGCAGCUGAACUCCUCAGACGGCGGCCAUCGAGGUGUCCAGCGACUGCCAGCAGAGAGAUUCUAUUAGCCGAACUAACUUGAAUGGAUCAUAAAGAUUUACAAAUAGUAUUUAUUAAAGUAUAAAAGAAGAUCGUUGUUGUUGUUGAGAAUUAUAAUGAUGCGAAUAUUCCGACGUCCUCGAGUAAUAUUCAUUUUCAUUCACUAGUUGUACAGCAACAACGCAUGAUCUAGUAGUACUACGACUUCACUUACACGACUUUCAACAUUUACUACGAAGAUGAGCCACAGCACUACUCAAUAUAAUCAGCAAGAAUUAUACAAGAAUGACCAUAAAUAAUAUCAUCAACUAGUACGUCGGUCUGAUACGACGCAAAGGAAAACAACAAUAGCAAAAAAAGUCAGCCUCAGACGUUCAGAAUACGACUAAGAAAGAAUGCUGCUAUGACAAAAACCUUAUUCAAAAAACAAAUGAGCUGGAGGGCGAGGGGUAGUUAUAGAUACUUUUACCAAUGAACAACAACAGCUAUAAAAAAAAUAAGAGCAGUACUGUGUUGAUGAAAAGAAAUUUCAUUCCAAGAAUGUACGACCUGAUGAUCGUCGGAUAUCAAUGAAUGCCGGCCCGGAGGUAGUUCUACAGAUACUUCUACGUCGAAGAACUUGAUUGGAGCUGGACUGGAACGAACUAUCUAAUAUAGCACUUCGUUUAUUAACAAUAACAACUUCGAAUAGAGAUAAAGAAGAUAAAGAACUAGUACUUACUUCAAUGACUUGGAUUCACUUUCCUCUUAUACGAUACUUGGUAGCACAACCAGUAUGUCAAAUUUUCAUCACCAGUGUGGUGAACAAAUUUAUCUUGUAACAGUAUGUGCAUAGUGAUAGAAACAGUUGCAAACAAACCAGAAGAUUUGCAACCUAGUAACAACAACAACGAAAACACAUCAUGUCACUCUAAAACCCGACUAGUCUUGGGUGCUGUCAUAACCAGCAAUGAACUAAUGAUCGACAUUUGUCCUCCUGGUCCGUCAUUCUCCCAUUACAAGAGAACACCUCGCAAAAGAUAUUUCGCUAAUCUGGGACGAAUUCUGUCCUCUUCUUUGACAAUGCAGUUAAUGUUGGUAUUUACUCCCGAUAUUAUCGACCAAAUUUUCUUUGUCUUUGUGCAUGCUAGAAGCAAGUUCCACUUGUAUUAGAACUUAGCAAUCUGUGUUGAAAACAGGCGAGCAUAGAAGAUUCAAUCAUCAUGUCCUUCAUUCAACAUAUGAUGUUUUUGUUUGUUACAACCUCUGAUCAUGUGGAUCAUGGAUAACAUGGAUUCAACGCGACUUCAUUCGCAAGAGUCACACAAUGACAAGGGUAGCCUCCAUCUAAGCCUGAAUUCUACUUACUCGACGCAAUGUGUCAGUGCACAAAACACCUUCAUCUUCAUUAUAGAACUAGAGAUUCCGAUUCUGAUACAUCGAUUCUUUAGUUCCCGUAGGACUAUUGCAUCAUCUACUAAUUAUAAUAUGUCAUAAUAUACAAAAAGAAGUCUUCACCAUCCACCAGGAGCAAGAUGAAUGAUGAGAUUCCAGAUUCACCAAGAUAUUGCUACAACUGCCCGUAGCAAGCAGGAGGGGUACAACUACAACACACACUUCAUCUCCCGCUUCCUCUCCGACCGUGCGACAGUCCGCGAUAAAAAUAAGACUCCAGUCCACCUCGCAAUCUGAUUGCAACAUAAAAAAACGAACUCCAUUUCUUUCCUACGUACGUACCUCCCCAGCACUAGUACCAUGUUCCCAGAAAU